CGAGCAGCUCUCGUCAUAACAGUUCAAACAAGAGAACGAAACACAAGCAAGAGAGCGAUAAAGCGCGAAAGCAAAUCUACGCAAACGAAUUCAGUAUUCAGAAGUGAAACAAAUUCAGACAGUUAAAAUAAGUGAAUAAGAAGAAAAAUUGUGUCAUUACAAGUCAAAAAGUAUUGAAAGUCAGUGAAUCCAACGCAAAAAUGUCUGCAAUUGGUAUCGAUUUGGGAACCACGUACUCCUGCGUGGGAGUGUUCCAGCAUGGCAAAGUGGAAAUCAUCGCCAACGACCAGGGAAAUCGAACCACCCCCAGCUAUGUGGCAUUCUCGGACACGGAACGGCUGAUCGGAGAUGCGGCCAAGAACCAGGUGGCCCUCAACCCGCAAAACACCGUCUUCGAUGCCAAACGAUUGAUUGGACGUCGUUUUGACGAUCCGAAAAUCCAGGCCGAUAUCAAACACUGGCCCUUCAAGGUGUUCAACGAUGGCGGUAAGCCUAAGAUCGAAGUCGAGUUCAAGGGAGAGAGGAAACGAUUCGCUCCGGAGGAAAUCAGCUCGAUGGUUCUGGUGAAGAUGCGCGAAACUGCUGAGGCCUAUCUGGGAAAGAGUGUUAAGAACGCAGUCAUCACAGUUCCAGCUUAUUUCAACGAUUCCCAGCGACAGGCCACGAAGGACGCUGGAGCCAUUGCGGGACUCAAUGUGAUGCGAAUCAUCAACGAACCGACGGCCGCUGCAUUGGCAUACGGACUGGACAAGAAUCUCAAAGGUGAACGGAAUGUCCUGAUCUUCGACUUGGGUGGUGGCACAUUCGACGUCUCCAUUCUAACCAUCGACGAAGGUUCGCUCUUCGAGGUACGAGCCACGGCCGGUGAUACUCAUCUGGGAGGAGAAGAUUUCGACAACCGCCUGGUGUCACACUUCGUGGAGGAAUUCAAGCGUAAGUUCAAGAAAGAUAUCUCAACGAAUCCUCGAGCUCUGCGGCGACUAAGAACAGCAUGUGAACGAGCCAAGCGAACACUGUCCUCCAGCACUGAAGCCACAAUUGAAAUCGAUGCCCUGAUUGAAGGAAUCGAUUACUACACGAAAAUCUCCCGAGCUCGAUUCGAGGAACUGUGCUCGGAUCUGUUCCGAUCCACACUUCAACCAGUUGAGAAAGCUCUGUCCGACGCCAAAAUGGACAAGAGCUCAAUCCACGACAUCGUUCUGGUUGGUGGAUCAACUCGCAUUCCAAAAGUCCAGAAUCUGUUGCAAAACUUCUUCUGUGGAAAGUCGCUGAACCUAUCGAUCAACCCGGAUGAAGCUGUGGCAUAUGGUGCCGCAGUUCAAGCUGCUAUUCUCAGUGGAGACAAGGACGAGAAGAUCCAAGAUGUGCUGUUAGUUGAUGUGGCUCCACUAUCCCUGGGUAUCGAGACAGCCGGAGGAGUGAUGACUAAACUGAUUGAGCGCAACAGUCGAAUCCCGUGCAAGCAGACCCAGAUAUUCUCGACCUAUGCGGACAACCAGCCAGGAGUAUCGAUCCAGGUGUUCGAAGGAGAACGUGCCAUGACCAGAGACAAUAACCGUCUGGGACAGUUCGACCUAUCUGGCAUUCCACCGGCUCCCAGAGGCGCUCCCCAGAUUGAGGUCACUUUCGAUAUGGACGCCAACGGUAUCCUGAACGUAUCAGCCAAGGAGAAGAGUACCGGAAAGGAGAAGAACAUCACUAUCAAGAACGACAAGGGCCGACUGAGUCAGGCUGAUAUCGAUCGAAUGGUGAACGAGGCUGAGAAAUUCCGCGAAGAAGACGAGAAGCAACGGGAGCGCAUUUUCGCCCGGAACCAGCUGGAAGGCUACUGUUUCCAGCUGAAGCAAUCGCUCGAAUCGGCCGGAGACAAACUGAGCGAGUCGGACAAGAACACCGUGAAGGACAAGUGCGACGAAACGCUCCGAUGGCUGGACGGAAACACGAUGGCCGAGAAGGAUGAGUUCGAGCACAAGAUGCAGGAACUGAGCCGAGUUUGCAGUCCGAUCAUGACUCGGUUGCAUCAGGGUGGAACCGGUGCGGGAGCUGGUGCGACUAGCUGCGGUCAGCAGGCAGGAGGAUUCGGUGGUCGAACGGGACCGACGGUGGAGGAAGUUGAUUAAAAGGGUGAUGAAUGAAUGACGAAUGCUGAAAAAUGUGAUGUAGAAUAUUCAAUUUUAGUUUAAUAGGCUUUUUAAUUAAUUCGAGCUUUAUAGACUGAAUAAUCAAUUGCUACCGUUGUAAUUUAUUUUCGUGAAAAAAUAAUGUACAGUAUGAAAUCAAAA